AUGCCCGUGUCAAUCCGCCCCUCCCCCCACGGCGCCAACGUGAUCAAAGACGCAUUCGAAGAAGACGCGCUCGGGCUCCUCAAGAAAGUCUCCCCCCGAACUCAAUGGAAAUGCACAGAACUACUGCAAUCAUCCUUCCACUCGCACCAAAUCCCCACCAACGUCCUUGCCUCCCGCAACGGCUUCGUCAACUCCAUCGUCCACUCCUACAGCCAGCACCGCCACCUCACCUUCCGCCCCGAAGACGUCUGGUUCGCCAUCCUGACCCAAUUCAGCAGCUUCGUGAACGCUAACAGCGAAGCGGUGCGUCACCAUUUCGUCGCCCAUGAGGGCAGGAAACACCUGCAGAUCGAAUAUCCGGCCGGGUAUACGAGGCAAACGAUUGAUUUUGGCGAUUUUGCGAAGAAGAUGACGGGCCUUAUUGAUGCCAAUGUGGUGGAUGCCGAGUUGAGGGAUUGGAUCAUGCCGGAUUUUUCGACGACGACGGAGCAUGAUAGGGUGGUGGCGUCCAUCCUCAUGAUGGGUACCAUGCAGAAGUUCUUUAGCUAUGGCGCGUCUGUGAUGUGUGGAUUGCCGUCUGUCACGCUGCUGGGCGAGAAGGAUGACUAUGAGCGCAUCUACGCGAGACUGGACAAGCUGAAAACUUUUGGGGAUGAACCCUCCACUUUUUGUGAUCUGCUCAAACCUGUCAUCCGUCGCUUUGUCUUGAGCUUUGACGAGCCGCAGAGUGGGGAGGUCCUCAGCUUUUGGCAGAGAGUCUUGGAUGUGAAGAGUGGGAGCGGCUUUACGCGCUAUUCGGGCUGGAUUGCGGCCUUCUGUUUCUGGACGGAUCAGGGGAGGUGUUUGUAUGAUCGCGCACGGCUGGAGAUGGAGAAGAAGGAUUAUGAGCAGAGCGUUUUUGGGGAUGUUGUGGAGGAUAAGGGUGGGUAUAAGUGUACGAGGCACGUUGAGCAGAAUUUGGAACUGGAUGGGGUCAGGUAUCAUAGGGUGGAUAGUAAGUGUGUUGCGGCGGGGUGGCUGCAGGUUCCGGUCUCGGUGAGUGAUGGUGGGGGCAAGUUCGAGGCGGAGAUGAUUGCUGGGUCUGUGGGUAUUGAGUGUAGGAGUAGUGGUGAGGCUUUGGCGAGUGGUGAUGUGGGAUUGGAUUCGAUGCAGCCGGUGACUGGGUGGUGGAUGUUUGAGAAGUUUCCUGAUGCCUAA